GCCACGCACCCACAUGAGUAUCAUCGAUGUGUUGAUUACCUCUUGAGCUUUUCCUCGAUAGAGGCUCCAAUGUACAGCUCCAUGUGCCUCAUCCACCGUCUGGCCACCGCCUCGACGCCCUCGUCAUCGCCGUCGAGCAGCUCGCUGAGGGCACUCAUGAUCUGGGUCAUGGCGCAGCACAGCUUGGCCUCGCACGAGCUCCACACCGCAUCACACAACUGCACACACAACACACGCAGUCAGAGGAAGGGCGCAAACAUGAGACAGGCAGAGAGGUGGCGUGGCCUGGCGUGGCGCGGCGUGCUCUGGUUGAUUGUAUACAAUACACACAUACCAGGACGACGGCGAGUUUCUGUUUGGCAUUGGGGUGCGCCAGCUUCUGCAGUAUCAGAUUGGUGAACUCGAUCAACUGCACACACAACACAAGCGAUAAAUACUUCCUGCUGUCUGUAAGGCAAUGCAUUCCACACAUGUCUGUCUGUCUGCCUGUCGGUGUGACUGACCUUGGUGUCCUCCUGCGACAUCCGCACGCCGACAGCGACCGCCACGCACUUGACCGCCGUCCAAACACCCAGACAGAGAUGCACGCCACCCACACUUAUCUGCGUGCUGCCGCCAUUCUCAGCUGCCGUGCCACCGCUGCUGCUGUUGGUAAAGUCAUGCUGCACCAGUGGGUGGCUGCUGUCGAUGCGCGGCAUCAGGUUGAGCACAUCCAGAAGGGACACACACGCGGGCAACAGAGACGACACGAACACGUCCGAGGUGCUCUCACCUGAGCGAACGAAUGACCAACCGACCAUACCGACCAUCCACAGUAAGCGAUGGCUGUUUCCUUUUGUGAGUGAGUGGAUGGCUGUCUGCUCUGCUCACUGACUGGGGAGGUUCUUGACGGAUGUGGCGAUUGCGAGCAGGCACGGAAGCGCCACCUCUGCCCAGUACCACGUGCGCCACCUCAGCUCCUUGUCGGCCUCACUCUCUUGCCCCACCCACAUGUCGGCUAUCGUUGCGCCUUUCGGCUUAGCGCCUGACUGACCCGAUGACGCCGCCAACCUCUGCAGACGCACACACACACACACAUACACACGCUCUCAGUGCCGCUUGCACGAGGCAACCAUGGCUUCGUUCUUUUGACGUAAAGGUGUACCUUGAGUCGUGUGGCGAGCAUGAGCGCCUGUUGGUGGCAUGAGAGCAGGAUGGCCUCGAGGUCUGGCUGGAUGAGAGGCAGGUAGGCCGACGCCAUCAGGCCGCCACCGGUCCUACGAACCAUGCGCUCGUACGCUAACACAAAGAGACGCGCUGACGCCGCCAGCCUUUCGGAACCACACACACACCCGUCACUGCAGGUCUGUCGGUCAGUCGCUCUGCAUGUGGAUUGCAUACCUGUUUUCUUCCUUGGAUUUCUCCACCUCGCUGCUGCCCUCUGUUGUCUCCUGCCCCUCUUCGUCUUCCUCCAGUCGCUUCGACGACAGCACGUGGACGCGCUUGCCGCGAGCCGACCUGUGUAAGUGUGUGGGUGUCUUACUUACAAUCGCUCACCCGGUCGUGUGUAUGUGUGUGUGUGUGUGUGUGUGUGUACCUCUGCAGCUUGAUGAACAGCGGCCUCAGCUGCUGGUCCGUCAGCUUGGCAGAAAGGCAUGCAAACGCAUCGGCGAUGGCGCUCUCGACCUGUGCAAGGCCACACACGGCCGUGGUGUCAUCCUCACGGCGGUCACCUUCGUCCGUCAUGGCAUCGGAUGCACCCAACAGGCCUUCCAGCACCCUAGCCACACACACACACACACACAGGGAGAGAGAAUGCAGAAAGUGCAUGUCCGCUCCCUCCCUCCCUCCCUCCCUCUCUCACUCACCUGUCCCGCUGUGCGUCGCCCUGCCCCCUGAUGGCCAGCGGUAUAGCGACGUCCUCCCACAGGCCAGCGUGGCUGGCAAAGGUGGGCCCUCCAUAGAGCCGAUGGAUGAGUGGCUGCCAGUAGAGGGGCGUCAUGGGGGAGGGAGGGGGGUCCUCGGCCACCAUCUGGUCCGCAAGGGUGUCGAUGGCCUUGGCGGGCAGAUGGAACGCGAGCAGGAAGACCUUGGACAGGCUGGACAGCUGCUGAGCAACUGUUUCUGACACACACAAGGAGAGCGAGGGCAGAGAGAGAGAGAGAGAGAGAGCGAGAGAGAGAGAUGGGGACCGGCGUAUGUGUGUGCGGGAUCUUACCGUCGUCAGCUUUGCCCACAGCCUUGCCCAGCGUCUCCAUCGCCCGACAGACCUUCAGCCACCUCCCCUCCCGCACAGACCCCAUCACCACAGGCAUCACCGACCGCAGCGGCAUCCUCUCACCCACCGCACACACAAAACCGUCCACGGCGGCCCGCAGCUCCUCAUGCCGUGACGCAAGGUGCGUCAGGAGUGGGUGGGCGGCGAGCGUGACGCACCGAUCGAUGUGCGAGAGCAGAACGCUGCCCAGCCGAUGUGUGAGGGAGGUGAGGGCGUGCAGCGUGGUGGCGAGGAAGUUGUGAUAGCGGUCGCUGGUGCAGAAGGACUUCGUGCUGCUGCCGUCGGUUGUGUGUUGGGUGGCGAGGAGGGUCUCCAUUGCUGUCAGCAUGGCAGGCACCAUCUGAUUGCCUGGGGCCAGCAGGCUGUCCUUGUCGAGUGACGCACUGGCCGACGACACGAAAGACCCCACACACACACCAACCUGCCGUCGCACACACAACACACAGAACCGUCGACACGAAACACAGGGAGAGAGAGAAGAGAGAGAGGGGGCGAACUGACCUGCAGCAUGUCGUUCCUCCCAUCAGCCGACAGGUCUUCUUUCCACAAGGCCGGCAGCCUCUCGCCGAAGUAGCCCACCACAUGCGGCAAAACAUGGUCCGCAAACACGCCCCCGAACAGGCUGCCCGUCAGCUCCACCAGUGCGCUCGCGAACGACCAGUAGUGCCGGAGAAGGGGCGGGGGGCAGGCUGGCUCGCGUCUGAGGACUUUGCGCGCGAGGUAGGCGAGAAAUCGGCUGUAGAGGGGCGCGGCUGCUGCACUCGACGAUCGGUGAGCCUCCUGAAUGAAAAAGGCACCAUCGGUGAAGGGAAAGAGUAAGUGAAUGAUUGUGACUGUAUGUGUGUGUGAGUGUGCGUGGUCUUUCCUACUGGAAGGCUGGCCUUUUCUCGCUCGGCCUGUGUGGGGUGGUCCUUCUUGCGUCGCUUGGCUGCCCUUCUGCCCUCCUGGGACGACUCGGAAACCACCUGACGCGCCACCACGCAGACAGACGCACACCGAUACUCGCUCGCGCAACACACGAAUGGACAGCACGCUCCUGUGCCUGCCUUGCCUUUCUGUGGAGGGUUUUGAGGGCGGUCGUCAUGCGUGAGAGCAGCCGCUGCAGCACCAGGGGGGCGAACCGCUCCCCACCAUCGGUGUCGGGGUCCCCAUCCUCGGCGAUGUGGCAGCAGGAGAGGGCCAGCCGAAUGAGGCCAGACAUGGGCGACACCGACCUGUGUGGUUGUGCAGAGAGAGAGAGAGAGAGAGAGAGGAUAACGGUGCUUGGCUGUGUGUGGGAGCUUACUUGAGAGUGUCUGCGAUGACGGCGUUGCAUUGUGUCUUGAGGGUGUCGAUGUGCGGGUCACCCUCCUCUCCCUCAGCCUCGACAACAUCCACCAAACGCUGCACACACACACACACAGAGAGAGAGAGUGAAGAAAUGCCAAAGACAGACACCGUAUCAAUGCUCAAGUAAGGACGGACGGUUCUAUCAGCCAAGACGACACACCUGUAAGUAGAAAAGUGCGGUCAGCGUGUCCGUCAUGCCUCGCAGCUCCUCAUCUCCCCGACAGACCGCCUCGUCCAGCCCAGCCGCACCAGUAUAGCUCUCGAUAAACCUGGCCGCCAUCUUCAGAGCGAGAAUCGCCACUCGGCUGGCCACCGAACGAUCGCUGCAAUCAUUGCAGCACAGCAACCAGACAGAAACCAACACCAUGCUUAUGGGAUGGGGGAAGUGACGGCGGGAGCUUGGUGGGUUCGGUCACCUCACCUGGCCGUCUUGGAUUGGAGGUAGGCAGCGGGCAGCAGGGUGGUCUCCCAGCUGGUGAGGUCUUGCUGCUCGCCGGCCUCCCACUCGGCGCGUAUUCCGUCUCUGUCUGCUGAUCUCAUGUAGAGGCCGACGGCGCUGCGCACCAGCUGGCCGAUGGCUGUCAUCUGCGCAGAUGGGUCAUACCUACACACACAAGACAAGACAGAGAGAGUUGUCUGUCGUGUGUCUGUGUGUGUGUCUGAGGGGAUGUUGCCCACCGGACCGACCUUUCCAUGAUUUCCAUCCCGCAGGUGACGACGGACUCGCUGCUGGUGUCCCACCGACCGCCCCCGGCCUCAUCCCCAUGCCCGUCUGCCUUCUUCCGUUUCUUCCCCCUCCUGCUCAUCUCCUCCACCAUUUCCUCCACAUCUUUCUCCCUAUUCCGCCGCUUCGCCCAUUUUCGCACAUCGGCCGCGCCGCCCUCCUCCCAAGCCAUGCACAGCAGCAGCAGGCUGCACCCCAGCGCACCCUCCGUGCCGAUGGCGUCGAUGAGGUCGGAUGCGAUAGAGGUGAAUGUGGUUGAGAGGUGGGAGGACGGGUCGGUGAAGGAGAGGCGCGUGAGGGGGGAGAGGAGGGCGUGCAUGACGGAGCGGGACCGGCGGAUGGCCAAGGGGACCGACGCUGAGAGCAGGGACAGAGUAAAGGUGCACAGACACGCAGACACACAAGGAGAGAGGCAGUUAGAAACACACAAGCCCACAGGUAGGUAUUUAUUGUGUUCGUGUGCUUACCGGUUUCGUCGGUCGUCAUCUCUCCUUCGUCUUCCAGAAGGUCGGCCAUGACAAUGGGCCCCAGGUGAGCCCUCAGUGCCGCCAACACCACCCCGUCCGCCAGCACACCCGCAUCCCUCACAGCCACGUUGCCGAGGAUGCCCAUAACCCGCUCAAGCAGCCCUUCUCCGCCCCACCCCUCCUCCCUCGCCGCAAAACACGCGGCUGACGACGCCGCCACUCGCAGCACAGCCGAUAGCAACGGGGGCGACAGGACCAGGGAAGAGUCCGCGAGCCUCUCCAGCGCGUCAUAGAGAAGCGAAGCGGUGAACACGGUGGUUCCCUCCUCUGCAUCUUGCAUUUCCUCAUCUCCAUCUUCUUCGCCGGCAGCCGGAGAGGCCGCUAGGUCUCUCUGCAGCUGGAUAGCGAUGGACGCCAGCAGGUUCUGCGCCACUCGAUGUGUCGGCGUCUGGCUGUGGUCGUCUUGUGAUGCUGGUGGUGGUGGUGGUGGUAGGGCUGCCUGCGCGACACGGAUGAGUGUGACUGUGAGGGGGGCGGCGAGGGAUGGGCUGGACGGCGGGAGGGAGGGGUGCAGCAGCUGCGUCCGAACCACUUCGGACAAAAGCACAUCCUGCACAAGCAGACGGAGAGAGAAAAACCGGCACAUCUCAUCUGGCUCUCUCUGUGUGUGCGCCCUCCGUUGCUCACGCGAGGUGCCCGCUCUGAUGACUGUUCCGAGCCAAUCGCGUCAAGACACGCUGCUACCACUGUCCCGUCAAGCACCACGUGGCCCACCAGCCGCCUCAAAACACCAGCUACGCCACCACUGACCACCCCGUCACCAUCGCCACCCUCCUUGCCCGCACGAUACGGCCACUUCGCCCCAUUCUCGGCUAGUGACAGCACCAACUCACUCUGCUGCUGCUGCUGCUGGCCGUCCAUCGACGCCCAUACACGUGGGUGCGUCAGGGGCAGCAGCAGCCACGCCAGCCGAGCGGUCCCCUCUUUUGCCGCACCUUCGCCCUCUGGCUGCUGCUGUUGCUGUGUGAGCGCAUCCAUGAUGGGCGUGACAACGUCCGAGAGGUACGCGGACGAGAAGUGCGACCAGCCUGGUGAGGCUGUGCUGGUGCUGUCGCUGCCUCUGCCUUGGUCGGCGUCAUUGAUGAGUCGAGAGAAGACGUGCAGGAGAGUGCGGCAGGGGGCGGGAGGGGGCCCUGGGUGGUCUUGGUCUUCCUGUGGUGGUUGUGUCUGGAAGGCUGUGAUGGCGUCUUCGGCGGCUUGCUGGAUCAGUGGCAUGGCACACGACAGGAGGGUGGGGAGCGGGAGGUGGUUUAAUAGCGGAAUGGCGGAGGCCUGGAUAAAUCAACAGCCAGAAGAUAUCAGAGAUGGUCGCGAGAUCAUGGCAUCCAUCACCUGGAUGGGUGUUGGCAUCCGGCUGAUCCCCUGCAGAAUGGCCGUCCCCAGCCUCAUUGGGUCACCGCCCUUCUGAUCUCCCUCUCCUUGGCUCACAAGACUGCCCACAAUGGACGCCACCAUCGCCUGAGCGCACACACACAAACACACACACGGGAGGUGCAUGUGUGUGUGCGUGGGUAGGGUAUAUUCGUAGUCGCGUGCUGACCUGAUCUGCCUCUAUCUCAGCUUGCCUCCUUAUGAGGGCGUUCUGCAGCAUCGACCAAGUGGCCUUGUCGAGCGACACACUUGCACCUGUUGUGCCAUUCUCCUCCCCUGCAGCGCUGCACAGCGCCCCCCGGCUGCACAGCACCACCCACACAUGGUGAGCGAGAGCGUGGGCGUGUGUGUCCCUCCCUACCUCCCUCCCUCCCUGACACUGACCGUAGUGGGUUGGCGACGAGCUGCAUGGCUGCCGUUCGGACCAUCCUCGACGGCGACAUGAGCAGCAGCAAUGCCGGCACUACCACCCGCUGCAUACAGGAACACACAUACACACCUCUCACUCUCCUGCACACACCAGACCCACCUGAUCUGGCAUGCCCUUGCCGCCCCUCUGCUCGCUCUUCAGCGCCUCAUCCACCAAAGACAGUCCAUUGACGCUCGCCGCCUCACUAGCCACCACAUCGGUGUCACCAGAAGGGGCCGACAGCGAUCUGAUGGCCACGCCCAUUGCGGCAGUGAGGGCGAGGGGACGUGAGGACGCCAGCACGGCCUGCAGGGGCGCCUGGAACGAUUGUGGGUCGGUGAGGCACAUGCGGGUGACGGUGACGAUGAGCGGCUCCUUCUCUUGAACUGUGGGGGUGAGGGGAACGGUUGGGUCGAUCCUGGUGGCGAGGGUGGCGAGGGAGGUCAUGCCGUCGUUGAGACACGAUUUGACACCCCGGUGGACCUCCUCUGCAGACGGAGAGAAAGAGAGCAUCUAAUGUGUGUGUGGAUGGAUGGGAUGUGCAGGACCUCCAUUGGCCUUUCUCUGCAUGACGCCCUCCCACAAACUCUGGACCAUCCCUUUGAGCCGAUCCACCGUGUCCUCCUCCUCGGUCAAAGACGCCCUGCUCCCCAGGGCAUCAACGGCCACAUCCAGGAGGGCCCCACACGCCCACACCCCACCUGCUCUCAAACACAGAGGCACGAGUGACAUCCAUCCAUCAUCCUUUGUGUGUGUGUACCGAUGGGUCCGCCUUCGACUGUGAUGGCCUGUGGGAUGGUGAUGAGGAGCGGUGGGGUGAAGGGCUGCAGGCAUGGUGACGUCACCCUCAGGAAGAGCGCCCGCGACUGACGCAGAGACGACACACACCUGACAGACAUACACACACACAGAGAUAUGAUCACAUGGAUGGAUGGAUGGAUGGAUGCCGCACCUGCCAUAGACUUCUUUACACUGAUUCAGGCCGCCAGCGCCAUCACCACCGCCCCUCUCCCUUCUCCCCUUCACUCUCAGCCCCCCCAACGACACCGACCUCACGCACCCAACCAGGCCGCCCAGAAACACUUCCACAUUCGCCUCAUCCGUCCCCAGAGCGGCCGCGAGGUCCUCAGGGGUGUCAUAGUCGUUGACAGCGUGUAACAGGGUGAGCAGGAGAGGCAGCAGGCAGGGUGGACAGAAGGGCGGGAUGGAUGCUAGCACGAGCGGGAGCAGGCGCGACGCGCGGGAAGAGGCGAAGAGCGCCUGACCACACACACACACACGCACACACAGAAAAGUCCACAGAGUGUGUGGGUUGGCCUCUACCUUGAGCAGCGUCAUUGCUGGCCGGUCGUCGCCUGCCGACGUGAUGGUGAUUGGUGGCGUGUUGUCCUCCACCAGCCGCACUAGCAGGGACACCAAGAGGCUCGAUGACGUGUCAGCGGGGACCAAUCGCCACAGUGAGGAGCACGACAGCACCUGACCCAUUCAUGAUACACGAGAGUGGAUGGGGGGGAUGGGUAGGUGAGAGAGGGAGGGAGGGGGUGUCACCUCACUUUGUGUGCGGUGUCCGUGUCUGUGUCGAACAUCCGAUCGGCGACAAAGGUCGCGAGGGAUGAAAGUGCGGUGCUGCCCUCCUCCGACUCUUGGGCUGCCCGCUCCUCAAUGUAGCUGAGGGCCGCAGUCACCGACUGGAAAACCAAGCCACCCCACCCCAACAGACCACACACAUGGACAUGCGACUCUUGUGUGUUGUUUCUUCUUUCUGCAUACCUGUGCCCUGAUCUGAUCGUUGCUGUCGACGAGCGCCUCGUACACACUCAUGUUCGACGCCUUCGUGGGCAGCGCCAUGGCGGCCCCACCAGCAGCAGUGGCAGAGAGCGUCAGAAACCUCACUAGAGGCGUGCAUGGAGCCUGUGACACACACCACCCCCCAACACACACACACACGUCUUGCUCUGGUGUGUUUAGUGUGCGUGUGUGUGUGUGUGCGUGCGGGUCGCUUACGUUGCAUUGCUUGAGGGUGUCCCCGAGUGCCUGAUGUAUGACGGCAGGGUCCCGCACCUCAAUGGCCUUGAAGAGCGAUCUCAAAGCCUCCAUCAAAGCCGGGGGGCCGGGCUCGUGACACGGCCCUCCUGCACACACACACACACACACACACGCGCACACACGAUAGAUGACGAGUGUCUGUUUGUCUGUCUGUCGGAUACCAGGAUAUACCUCACUCUCUGCUGACCGUUCUGCUGGUCGUCUGCUGCGGGGGGUUUCCUUGCGGCUGAGUGAAAGGCGUCGAAGAGGGCCAGUGUGAUCUCGUAGAGAUACCGCUGGGACACACAGCCGGCAGCCGACGACUCGCCUGAAAACACACACACAUACACACACAGAAGAGUGGCAAGAGGCAUGCUGGAGACCACUCUCACCUUCCGGCACUUCGAACAGGCUGCUCAGCAAGCCCAUGGCUGCCUGCCCGUCGUCAGGGGCAGUUGCCUUGUCGCUCCCUCCAUGCGAGUCGGCAAUGACGGCGAUCGCCGACUGCACCAACGCCGUGAGCAGGGAGGAAAGGUCAUGCUGCUCUCGGUCCAGCUGACGCACAAGAGAAGGCGCGAGCGCAGAUAAUUGAUGGCAUUGUGGGUUCUGGCGUACUCACCUGUCCGAGGGCGUCCAGGAGAUCGUCCUUCGCCCCACACAGCGCCAGCACGCUCUUGCGCGGAAUCACACCGCCAACGGGCAUACCGUCUUCUCUUUUGGCGGCGUGCAUGUCGAUGAGCUUGGUGAGCACUCGCAGGGAUGGCACCAGGCCGACAGGCCCGUCGGUGGUCUUGAGUGCGGUCUGGACGAGUGGGUGAAUGGCCGACUGAGUGACGGGGAGGGAGAGGGGGGUGGUGGUGGCGAGGGCGUCCAGGACAGCCAAACAUGCUGACAUGACGAGAGCAGGAUAAUGCACUCAUUGGAUUGGAUGAGUGCGUGUAUGUGUGUGUGGGCGUGGGUGGAUGUACCUUACCUGCUCUCAGCUCCUUCAUUUUGGCGCCUCCCCUUUUGAGGCCACUGAUGACCACCUCCAACACCUUGCGCACAAACCCGUCACUCACCUCUCUUCUCCCAGAACCUACACCAACAACGCGCAUCUUUACCUGUGUGCCUAUGUGCCUCCGAUCCUCUCUCAUUUUCUCUCUCUCUCUCUCUCUCUCUCUGUGUGUGUGUGUGUGUGUGUGUGUCGAGCUCACCAAGGCAAUCGCACACGACGGAAGCGAAUAGCGUGCAGUAAGGCAGGUUCCUCCUCUUGGGCUGGAUGACGAUCCGCUGCAGUGUGGCCGCCAUGGCGUCCAGCACCGACAGGUCCCUGCCCAUGAUGUGGUUGACCAAAGUCGACCGCUUGAUCGGCACCAGGGUCUCCCGCACAGAUGACAGAAACGCCCUGCACACCAUACAGCGAGGCAGAUAAGGAUGUGUGUUUGUGUGCGGAUGCACCUCUGUCAGGCCCACCGACCAUUGGCUGUGUGUGGGUAUGUUGAGCAGGGCCACGAGUUUGGCGAAGGGGAGAGAGUCGUGGAAGGGCAGGAACACGCUGAUGAUGUGGUCGGGCAUGUGAGUCUGGAUGCUGUGCUGCCGGAUCAGAUACUCGAGGCAGUGCUGGGCCUGACAGACACCCACACCCACACCCACACAUACACCCACACAUACACCCACACAUAUGGCCACCACACACACAAAGACACAUGCCAUGAGUGAACGGUGCAGUGGUGAUGUUCUCACCUCCUCGCGCAGCAAGUGCGGCGACAGCAGGUCCAACAGCUUGCCGACCAUCUCGUCCAUCUCCCCCGCCUCAUCCUCACGCAUAAACGACCUGUCCUUCCUCCGGCCCUCAAACACGGCACUCACCUCGCCCCAGCCGUCUGACUCAUGCCCUCCCUCUGUGGCCAGUUCGGCGAAGCUGUUGGCUGCCAGCUCGUGGAUCACCGAGUCUUCCACAAACGCCGCUUGUCGGAAGUCGAAGAGAAGGGAGGGAACGCCUCGCUUUGGCGGCGCGAUGAUUUGCCGGUCCGUGCGGAGCCGCUGAAGCUGCUUCUCGAGCUCGCUCGGCAUGGAUGUGGGCAGAUGCUGACAGAUCUCGCCUUGGCGAUGGCUGGGCGAGUCAACAACAAGCAGAACCUGGCAAACAAGCCAAG